CGGAGAUCUUUUUUUGCUAAUUUUGACUCGUAAGCGCCGAAACCGUGCGGCAGGGUCGCAAGAGCAGUUGAACUUUUUUGAAACAAGUCGAGGUGAAUAACAGUGCAACUUGCCGUUCGCAAGUUGGUAAAGUCCUUGCCACCUCCUCCCGGGUACCGUGUUACGAAAAUAUGGCGCCUGAUCCCGUGCUAUGUCACCCGAACAGCUACUUCAUGGCGUCUCUCGGCGCCUCAGCAGCUAUUGUGUUUGCGAACCUCGGAGCCAGUUACGGCACGGCAAAGGCAGGGGUAAGCGGAGAAGAAUUUGACAUUUUCCAUGAGCAUGGUUGUCAACACAUAAACGAAGGAAAAGAAGCACGCUCACUUUCGAAGUGCACAAAGAAUUGGCAUUUACCCAUCAAUUGGCAUUUACCCAUCUCCUAUUCCUCUUUCCACAGAUCGGCAUUGGUGGGAUGGGGGUAAUGCGAGGCGAUUUGGUGAUGCGAAGCCUUAUCCCAGUAGUGAUGGCGGGGGUGCUGGGUAUCAUGAAAGAUCUCUUUUACGUUUUCAGCGCCGAAUUUGUUUCUGUUGUAUGCAGAGAGGACAUGUAGCUUUAUCAGCUGGAAACAAUCUCAGAUCAACUGCGGAAGGAUUGAGCAGGUUCUCACAAUUUCGAAGAAAGACAAAUAAACCGCAGGUAUUUACGGGUUGAUUAGCGCAGUUAUCAUCACGGGCAAGAUUAACAAGCCGAGCGAGAUAUCAUCCUUCCAAGGGUACUGGUUAGUACUUGAUUUGAAAAGAUAGUGAAGCUUGUGAUUUUCAGUUUGCUUUCAACAUAUAGUGUUGCCGUACAGAAUACCAAUUUUUGCACCGUUAGGUCGUUGAACCAAAACUGCAGCAACUUGCAUGAUAACGGGAACGCACAUAGUAAUAUCGUGGGAAAUAAGUCCAUGGAUUUUAUUCAGGUAUUCCCUUCUCGGGGCAGGCGUCACGGUUGGCAUGAGCUCAGUAGCAGCGGGAUACGCAAUUGGAAUAGUUGGAGACGCUGGGGUCAGGUGCAACGCGCUCGCGAACGGUAUCGUUUAUGUCUGUAGUUUAUUUCCCGGUUUGUUGAAUGGUCAGAGUUGAAGAAGUAGAGGUCGGAAUGGUGCUGUUUCUCUUUCUUGCCGGUCAGUCAUCGAAGGAUGAAUCGUCGAAAGACAAAAAUCUUCCUGCAUCGAAACAGGCCGUCUUUUCGUCGGGAUGAUUCUGAUUCUGAUUUUUGCGGAGGCGUUGGGACUGUAUGGGUUGAUUGUGGGUCUCGUCGUGGCAUCCGGAUCCGACAAGGCGGGGCUCUGCAAGCCCUACUAGGACAUCGGUGUCGUGCCCAGCAGGACUAACAGUUGAUGAGCUUUGAUGUAAAGUAUAAAACAUGUUGACCAUGGUGGCCGUGGCCAAAGUUUUUUAAAAGGAAAGAGACACAAACUGCCGUAGAGAUUUUGUGCAUUGCAUGCCGUUUAUCUUCUGGUGUGCAGACGACCAGAUGGCCGCGCUCAGUUCUUUGAUUUGCGAAAUUCAAUGCAUUCGAUAUUACAAUGUGGACCGAAUUUCCAAACAUGAGAAUUAUGCCUUAUACGACGCCAAGGCAAAGUUAAGUGGGAU